AUGCGUUUCCUCUGUUUACACGGCCAAGGGACGAGCAGCGAUGUUCUCAAAACCCAACUCGCCUCUCUACGAUACCAGCUAGACGCGACGGACAGCCACGAGUUCGACUUCAUCGACGGCGCGGUGCUCUGGCCACCCGCACGCGGUAUUCGCGAAGUCUUCGGCGACGAGGUGGAGAGUUUCUCCUACUUUGACGAAUCAGCCGCCAGCAUCCUCGGAGCCGUGGUCGAUCUGGCGCAGUACAUCGACUCCCAUGGGCCGUUUGACGGGGUGAUCGGCUUCUCCCAGGGCGCUGUAUUGGCUGCCACGCUGAUCAUCGCGCAGACAGAGUCCCAGAGAGGGACGGUGACACAAACACAACCACAACCACCCUCAUUUCCGACGGAGACACAGACACAGAGUCUGCAGACACACGGAUCCCGUCCCAGUCCAAGUCCGACUCCGACGGUGGAUGAGGAUGUGGAUCCUUCGACCCAUCUGCCUCGGCUGCCACCCUUCCGUUGCGCGGUUUUCCUCUGCGGCGGGCUGCCGUUUGCCUGGGAGGCAUUGAAAAGGGGGCGCGUGGAACUGAUCACGCCGUCGUCGUUGUGCGACCGGCCGCUCGUCGAGAUUCCCGUCGUGAACUGCUGGGCCGCCCACGACGAGGAUUAUCCGGGUAUGGGCCCGCCACUGUCGCGCUUGUGUGCGCCGGAGGUCAACGAGCAGGUGAUUCACGGGGCUGGACACGCUGUGCCCUCGGAGGGGGAUGAUCUCAUAGCAUUGGUGGCCGCGGUGAGAGCAACUUUCGAGCGAGUCAGGUGA